UUUGAGCGGAUGUAUACAUUGGAAAUAUAACGGGGGCUAUUUCCUAAAUUUUCAUUUGUCAUAUUAUUUUAAAAGCUUUAUGUAACACCUUUCCAUUUAUUGAUGAUUAAUGAAGUAAUUAUCAAUGUAAAAAACUCUGAGUGCAUGGUUGAAUUUCAAAUAUAUUAAUUAUAAUGCUAUAUGUUUCAAAAAUUAAUGUAAUCGUAAUUUUUUCAGUUUUUACAUCGACCCCCUAACUGGACAUCAUCCCAACAAAGGUCCAAGUAACGCUACUCGAAAGAAAAUUAGUUUAUUUCUUUAACAUUACUGUGUGAAUAGCAUUGCAAAUCAAUCAUAAGGAUCUGUGGCAAAAAAAAAGGAAUGUUAAGUUCAACUCCUUCUAGUCAACAGAACACGCGUGGUUGUGUUUGACUAUAAGAUAUUAUCAUAAUUUAUAGUGCGGUGGGCAUGGACUGCGUCAAGUAAGCAUUUAGCCCUGAAUACCUGCCAGAGGAAAAAUCGAAGUGCAUCAUUUGAUCAAAAAUUGCAUUUUCUCAUUCGUCUUCAACAGAAUAAUAUGUCAUCUUCUUGAUUUGGUAUGGAAUCAGAUGAGAGUUGUGAUGCAUUAGUUGAAGUUAUACCAGCACAUACAAGUGCUGGUAAUUUAAUAACAAAUGGGGUUGGAUCAGUUUCUCCCCGGUCAUUAAAGACUGAACAAGUGUUCCAACCGUGUAGUGAUUUUUCACAUGAUAAUCUAGUCACCUGUUCAUCAGCUCCACCAAAUAUGGUACAAAUGGCUACAACUGCGGUACUUAACCAAGGUGGGCAGUUACCACCAGGUGUGAUGACUAUGCCAGAUCCAAAUAACAUGGGAGAACAACUUGUUGUUGUUCAGAACAUGAAUGGUGCAGCAAACAUGGAUGAUUCAGCAGCUAAAACUAUGAUUAAUGCUGGUUCCCUACCAAAUUCAAUUCAAAUGACUAAGUUCAACAACACACAAACAAAUGUGCUUCCGCAUAUGGCAAAUACAGGGCAAAUGCUUGCUCCCACACAGUUAGCAGGUAUGAUGAGUCUAGCUGGUUUGCCUCAAGUCACAACCUUAACUGGUCUUAAUGGGAUACCAGGCAUAAAUGUAAUGAAUCAGCUUACAGGUCAAACUCAAAUUGUUCAACAGCAACCUGGGAAUGGAGCAGCAUGUGUCUCAAAUUCACAGAUCCAAGGAGCUUGUUCUCAGGGUAUGGUAGCAGUUAAUGGGCAUCCGAAUGCUAUCCAACAGUCACAAGUUGGGAACACUCCUCAGUUUAUCUUAGCAGCUGGACAACCAAUUCAAGGUAUUCAAGGAGCACAGCUGCUCAUACCCACUUCUUCAGGUGUUGCUACUCAGCAAGUGAUAACAAUUCCUGUUUCUCAAUUAGCUGGCAAUCAAAUUGUCCAACUUGUUGCUUCCAAUGGCCAAAUAUUUACAACUACUCUAGCUAAUCUCCAAGCAUUAUCACAGCCUGUCCCUGUUCCAGGUGUCUCAACACCAAAUAUGGGUGGUAAUCCGCAAGCAGUGCAGUCACAUCCUAUGCUUACGCCAAGCUAUGCUAAUAUGCCUGGUCAGAUGGCGGCCUUACCUCAAAUAUUUACCAAUGCAGCUGGCCAGCUUGUUACUCUUGGCCCUCAGAUUAUUGCUCAUCCAAUGAUGGGGUCCAGUCCAACCAACCUCAUGGUCAACCCUCAAGUAGCUGCUGCCCAAAUGCAGCAAGUACAACAACAAGAUGACAAGGGUUCAAACCUUGCAACAGUUUCCUCUUCUGGGCAACCAGCUACAAUCAAUCGAAUUCAGAAUUCAUCUCUGAAUGCAAUUUCUCAAGCAAUAGCUAUGCAACAACAACAACAGCCUCAAUCUGCACAAAUGGCACUUAAUCCUGUGACUAUAGUUACAACUCAGCUUACCUCACCAGUGAAAAAUCAACCAUUGUCUCAAAAUUGUGUAGUUGCACCCAAGCUAGCGGGACAACCUGGUACAACAGUAUCAACUUUAACACAAACGGUUCAUCCACAGCCAUCUGUAUCGCCUGAUGAUGAUUGUGAUAAUGGUCUUAAUCCAAUAGUCAAUACUAUUAGUAAUACGGAAGCUAAUGUUGUGGAUGGCAUUAACCUUGAAGAAAUCAAAGAAUUUGCUAAAGCCUUUAAAAUACGUCGUCUGUCCCUUGGUUUAACACAAACUCAAGUUGGACAGGCUUUAAGUGCUACAGAAGGGCCAUCAUACAGUCAAAGUGCGAUUUGCAGGUUUGAAAAACUUGAUAUUACUCCCAGAAGUGCUCAAAAAAUUAAACCAGUUUUAGAAAGGUGGAUGAAGGAAGCAGAAGAAAGGUAUAAAAAUGGAGCCCACACACUCACAGAAUUCAUUGGCAGUGAACCUACGAAGAAGAGGAAAAGACGAACAUCUUUUACUCCUUCUGCUUUAGACAUUUUAAACCAAUUUUUUGAAAAAAAUACUCAUCCUUCAGGCUUAGAAAUGACUGGACUUGCAGAACAUUUGAAUUAUGAUCGUGAAGUUGUUCGAGUAUGGUUUUGCAACAAACGACAAGCUCUGAAAAAUACAAUAAAGAAGCUCAAGAGUGGUUCUCAAUGAUAUCAAGAUUUUCGUUUUUUUAAAGUGCAAAAUUGCAUAUUUAUGUAUUUGUUUAACCAUCAAAAAGAAUAAUCAAAGGAUCUAUAACCAGUCAAGCAAUGAAAGAAAUGUAUAUAUUGUACAGAUCAUUGAUUUUUUAAACUCUCAUUAAUGAAUUUCAUAUAUUCAUGUAUUUAUUGAUUUUAGCUUAUUUACAAAGCUGUUAUAUCAUUUCAUCUGCCACAGCUUUUCCUUACACCAAACUAAGCUGUAAUAUAAUGUACAUUUUUUACUUUUUAUUUCUACAUAUUUUUACCAUAUCAUUCAACUUGACGUCCUUGAUUUUAAAAUCAAACAAACUGUGAUUGUAUCAUGAUGUGAAGAAACUAGUGUUCAAAAAGUGAGUGUAAUGUACCUGUUUCAGUCAGUGUUUCUUGUUUUGUUUUUAUGAAAUCUGAGUAUUUUUUAAAAUAUUUUAAUUUAAAUUUCUGUUUUCAAAGUUUGAGUUUCCUUAAAUCCUUAUGUAUUGAUAAAUUUCUGCAAACUCUAAAGUAUCAAUUAACUAUGCAGACCAAAAAUAUUACUAAUGUUUUUAUUUAUAAAAAAUAAUAAAAGACUUUAUGAAUCAUAGAAUCUAAUUUGAAAUAGUAUUUAAACAAUUGUACAGUUAUUUGCUUUCUUAGAUAUUUCCAUGACUUUUAAUGUAUUCUGAACUAAAAUUGUCUGUGUGAUCAAUAUCAAACCUAAUGGUUAUUGUGACACUUUCAGUGGUUGGAAAUCAUUGAAGAGUCAUUAGAAAGUUUAACUAGAAACUGUUAGUAUAAAAGCAUUUUAUUAUUUCACAGUUUGUACAACUGAUUAAAAAUUUCUCUUCUUAUCAAUUAGAGAUUAAUCAAUUGAUAAGAUCUUGCUUAUCAAUUAGAGUUUUACAAUUUUAAAAUUUGAGGUCAGGUCUCAAAUAUAAUUACAAUAAAUACAGCUCUAAAUUAAUUGUAUAAAACUCUGUGAGUAAUUCACAUGUCCAUAUAAUAGAUCUGCUUACUGAAUUGAAGCAUGAUAAUUUUCAUUUCAUAUAAUUUUAUUAUACCUAAAAAUUCAUGGUCAGGUAGCUAUGUAUUUAAUUCUGAGAGAAAAGUCAGUUGUAUAAGAAAAUAGUUUUAACUAAAGUUCAUUGUCACCAAUGCCAAUAUCAAAAAUCAACAAUCCCACGAUAUUUUUUUAUAGAAUUUCAAUAAAUACAAAAACGCAGUGACCAGUGAAAGAUGGUUUUAAGGUGUUGGCUACCCCCCCCCCAAAAAAAAAAAAAAACUUCUGGUAACUGUACUAAACAAACUGCAGGGGGACUUGCAUUUCAUGCACUUGUUGUCAAUACCAUUCUAAAACCAUAAAUGUGCAUUGUUUGCGAUUUUCACCUAAAUGCAUUUUCUAGUAUUUCAAAUGUUCUGCAUUAUUCUGCGGUUUACAUUUUGUGCAGUUGCUGAUUAUUUCAGCCUAUCUUUGGACAGUCAAAAUCAUAUUUUAACUGCCUGUGUUGAGCGCUGAUGGUGCUUGUACAAUUUUGUCCAGUUCCAGCCCUUGAUGCCCAGGGAAUUAUAAACAGAAUUCUGGUACUCCUGUUCUUUUAUCUAGAUUAAGUGGUACUUCUGUUCUUUUCAAAAGAUACAUUUCUCAAGACCUUCAAACCAAUGAAUUUAAUGUAAAUCUGCUGUGUACAGAUCUUAUUCUCACAAAUUUUCAUGCCUUAUUGAUCAGGCUGUCAGAAUCAUAGCAUAAAAAUUAUAACAAUAUUUUUUCCAAAUUUCAAAUAUUUCAACAAGUUUGUCUCAAAAUAAAAAAUUGGCAGGUUCAUGGGUUUGAUAUAUUGCUGUGGUAAUUUUAAUUUUGAUAUGAAGAGUCUGAAAGAGGAUUUUGUAUCUAAAAUAGAUGGGAAAGCUCUUCACUUUUCGUUCUUCUUUUUUUUCUCUUUUGCUUGCUGCUCCUGUAGGAUUACAUUUUAUUUGUGCCUUGUCCUGAUUUAGGAAUUACCAGGAUUGGUAUUGAUCACAAAUACAUAAAUUAAUUAAUAGUUACCGUAUUUGCCAGCAUAUAAGACACACUUUUUUCUUUGAAAAUAGGUCUGAAGAACGGGGUUUGUCUUUUACGCCAAUACUGCGUCUUAUACGUCGUUUAUGAAUGGGUCAAAUCUUCAUGGGAUGCUGUGAAAACUGAGACAGUGUUUUAAUCGUUUAAGAAGUGUGGCAUUAGUCAUGCACUGAAUUGUACAGAGGACAAUUUGUUGUAUGAAGGCUCAGAUGCUGAUUUACUAGAGGUUUCAAGUGACUCUUCACUUAGCUCUGGAGAUGAGUGUCUGGGUUUUGAUGAAGAAGAUGAAAAGAUGUUCUUUCCCAGAUAAAUUAAGUAUUUGCAGAAAGAAUUACUUUAUAUUUAAAAUACUGUAAAUUCAUUGUAAUGAGUAAAAAGGGAGUACGUCUUAUAGGCCAGUGCAUCUUAUACGCUAGUAAAUACGGUAAUUUUACAAGAAAACAAAGCUAUCGGACUGAGAGAGAUUUCUUAUGUGAAAAAAAUCCCAUAAACUGCUUUUUAUUUGUAUUACUUAUGAUGGAAGUUGAAAGAGAAUUCCAUGGGGCAAAAUUACUUUUGUUUCACCGCAUAAAUAUUUAGCCUUUGAUAAGGUCUGUAUUUUAGUAAAGUUACAUAAUUGAAGCUCAGCCAGUCAGAUAGAAAUUUUUUAUGAAACUGAAUGUGAGGAAGUUCAUUUUUGUGCCAAUGAUAUCUGCAACAGACAUGAAUUUAGCAUCACUUGUAUAUCUAUGAAUUCCUUUGCAUUUUUAAAAAUAUUGAAAAUUUAAUACUGGAUGAAAUAUGUCAUUGCUUAAUAUUGAAAUUAUUUCUAUUUUAUUGAAAUGGAACAAAACAUGAGUUAUUUUAUGACCACAACAGUAAUUUUCAAUAUAUACAUAGAACUAUUUGUACGUACAUAAUAUUAUCCUGUAAAAUUUUGAUGAUUUGUACUUAAUUCGAAAAAGUUCAGACACUGAUUUUUUCCUGAAGCUUAAAUUUCAAAAUAAUAUGUUAAUCUCUAUUUAAAAAAAAACACACAUUGGUACAAAUACAAGACUGUUAGCAUUAAUAAAAGAUUAAAUAUGUUGCCUUUUAAAAUUAACAUACUUAACCUAUCAUUUCGGGUUCCAUAUGGUUCGCAAAAUAAUAUGUAAUGGUAACUGUCAAAAAAUGUUGCUUUAUAUCAUUUUUAUUUUGAUUUGUUUUCUUUCAUAAGUUAAAAAAGAUAUACAGGAGCUACAUUUAAAAAAAAUAUUAAUUGCAAGAACAUUCAGUAGAUUGUAAUUUGUCUCAUUGUUUAUGUGUGUAUUUUUUUUUUUUAUUUGACACUUGCAUUUAAAAAAACAGUACAUCUAGAUUUGUGUAUUUUUUAUCAUUCAGUAUUUUGUUGGAAAAUUUCUGUGUGUAUUAUACAUUAUUGAAAAUAAUGUAAUUGUGAGUAAGGGGGCAUAUUCACAAGUGGCCAUUUUAUUUUUAAAACACUUAUAUUUAUUGUUGUUUACUGUCUGUUUUCAGAAUAUAUAUUUAUAAAAAAUUAAUUUUGUGAAGAAAUUUAAAUUAUUUUGAUUUUUUUUUCAGUGUAAUAACAUUUGUAAAGAAGUACAUUCAUAAGAUCAAAUUUUGAAUAUUUGUGAAAGGUAUGAUUUAUG